ACCGCGGUCAAACAUAACCUGUAUGUCUGUAUUCCUUUCAGUCGUCGUGCAGUUUGUUUACAUUCUGUAAGUCGACCGAGCCAUUCUUUUCGUUUAUCCCGUCGUGUUACAUUAACGUCAGACACACAAGAUGGGUAUAUCCCGUGAUACAUGGCACAAACGCAGGAAGACCGGAGGCAAGCGCAAGCCCCUCCGCAAGAAGAGGAAGUAUGAGUUAGGUCGCCCGGCCGCCAACACUAAGCUUGGAGCCCGUCGUGUACACAUUGUUCGUACUAGGGGAGGUAACAAGAAAUACAGAGCAUUAAGAUUAGAUCAAGGAAAUUUUGCAUGGGGUUCUGAAGGUAUUUCUGCUAAAACUCGUAUCAUUGAUGUUGUCUACAACGCAUCGAACAAUGAAUUGGUCAGAACCAAAACUUUGGUUAAAAACGCUAUUGUUGUAAUCGACGCAACACCAUUCCGUCAAUGGUAUGAAGGCCAUUACGCUUUGCCUAUUGGAAGAAGGAAGACUACAAAAUUAACUGAAGCUGAAGAUGCUGUAUUGAAUAAGAAACGAUCAACAAAGGCUGAAGUUAAAUACAAGAAAAGGCAACGAUUUGCCAAAGUUGAAGCUUCAAUUGAUGAACAGUUCCAAACCUCUCGUCUAUUAGCAUGCUUGGGAAGCAGACCGGGUCAAUGCGGACGUGCUGAUGGUUACAUCUUAGAAGGCAAAGAAUUGGAAUUUUACCACAGGAAGAUCAAGGCCAAGAAAGGCAAAUAAAUAAAUGUUAUUUUGUAAUGAUGUUCAUGUUGUUCUGACAUUAUUAAAUAACAAAUGUUUUUUGACACAA